AUGACACUAUUAAAGUAUUAUGCUCAUCAAAUGCUACUAAAAAGCAAAAAAAUACUAACAAGUAAAAAAAAUACUAACAAGUAAAAAAAUACACAUUCAAUAGUUAAUAUUUAAGUUUAUAAAUUGCAAGUUUAUUUGAAGAUUUAGCAAGUAUAAAAUUCUAUUAGCAACUUUUUUUAAUUCAUCACAAAUUUUUAAUCAAAUAUGUGGGUUUAUAAAAGAUUAUUCACCUCCUUUCAGUUUGUUAAAAAUGAAUAACUUUUUUAUAUCGAGGAUAAUAACAAAGAUCGCUUGAUUUUAAAUGCUAAAGUAUCUAAAUUAAAGAACUUCUACAAUUAAAUAGGAAAAAAAUAGUGUAUGGAUAAAUCAGGAUUGAAAUUUAAAAAAAGCUUUGAUUUGCUUGGAAAAGAGUAUUGCUAGCUAAGAAAUUUGUGUAGUUAGUAAAAGGGUGAAAUCAAUAAAUAAAAACCUAAUACACAAUUAUUAAAGCAUUUGGAUUGA